AAGUAGGACGUCGUAAGUUAGCGAUAUUAGCUGGCAGUUAAGCCUUUUUGUUGUGGUUAGCUUGAAAUUCUUAUUGAGAAGGGCAUCCCCAAAGCGACGACGACGUCAUCGCUUGUGCAUUUGUUGAAGUGAUGAGUCACCAUUGUUGUUGUGAACACCGUGCUCUUUCGUGGUAGUUUGGCGUUUUGAUAUUUUGAUUUUUCUGUCAUCUGUGAACUGUCAGAUGAAAUUGCGUGAUUUGUUUGAUAGCUGCUUUGAUAACGCGGAAAUAAAUUGAUUCGGGCCAUUUGGAUCGUUUUAACAUUUCAAGUACUUUAUUGCGUAAAUUGCAGUUCGAGUGUAGUCUGGAACUUUAUUGAAAAUACAGUGUUAUUGAAAAGAACUGAUGACAAUGAAGCUGGAAGUUAGUGACAGCCAUUCGAACCACUCCGACUUCUCCUGUGAUGACAGUCAAUCUUCACAGGGGUCCUCCACAAAUGACUUCGUGUCCUCGGUGCCAACCUCCAGACCUUUGCUCUCGUUGGCCAACCUUGAGGGCCUCCAGUCGGGGGUCCCGACCAGAACCACGGCGACCAUCACGCCCACCCAGCUGCGCAACUUCGAGCAGACCUACAUCGAGCUCGGCAACUGCCGCAGUGAGCAGACCAGCCACGCCGGCUUCGUGCCCCCUUCGGUCACGCACGCCAAUAACCAUUACGGCAUCCUGAAUCAAGUGGGGUACUGCGAGUCGGGCCCGACGACGGCGCUGCACGUGUCGCCGGGCCCGCUCUCCGCCAGCGGAGACAGCAGCAGCAGCCCUGGGCUGCCCGCGCCCAAGCGCCGCAACAUGGGCGGCCGGCGCCCUACCAAGGCGCCGCAAGACAUCUCCCCCGAAGAGGAAGAGAGAAGGAAGAUCCGGCGCGAACGCAACAAGAUGGCCGCCGCGAGGUGCCGCAAGCGCAGACUGGACCACACCAAUGAAUUGCAAGAUGAGACUGACAAGUUGGAGGAGAAGAAACGCUCGCUCGAAGAUGAAUUGAGGAGGUUGGGCGCAGAAAGAGAGCAGUUGCAGUCGGUUCUUCAGCGCCAUCUGUUGUCGUGUCGGCUGAGCAAGCGGUCAUCGAGCCCGCCCGACGUGAAGCCUUUCAACGACCCGUACGAGUACCCCGCGAUAGCUGACGACGGCGUGCGAGUCAAAGUGGAGGCGGUGGAACCCGCCAUGGACAACGUCAUAGCGCUGGAUAGCGAUAUCUUCACUUCGCCGAUGCCAGACAAAAGGAUAAUGUUAUCGGCGGCGAACCCGGCGGUGGUGACGUCAUCAUCCGUGGUGACGCUGGACACGCCGCCCGCCGCGCGGCCCUCGCGGCCCACCUUCCUCCACGUGCCGCUACAAGCCAACCCCGCACAGAACCACAAAAUCAAAGCGCUCGCCAACACGGACGCGCCCGGCGUGGAGAUCAGCACGCCCAGCAACGGAAUCCCGUUCAACUUCGACAGCCUGAUGGAAGGCGGCACCGGCCUCACGCCCGUCCACCCGCACCCCGCGCCGCGCGCCGCGCUCGCGCCCGACCACGCCAGCCUGGUCAGCCUCUGAGAACACCUCGACGCCGCCUACCCGCUGUUCGCGGCGCUCGACGCGCUCUAGGUGGCGCCACUGACGCGGUAACGCUACCGUUAUUUUGAAUAAUCGAGUCGCGUUAUUUUUGGAUUUUUAUCUGUGGUCUGUGAUCACGCGGUUGGCUUCGAGCGUGAGCUCAAAAACACCAUUUAAAAAAUAAUAUUUAUGGUCUGCGACGCCAUUUUUAAAUUCAGUCAGUUCAGCAUCUGUGCUGGACGAGAAUCGGAUUCGAAAUCGUAGCGUGUAGGCGAUUAUUACGUUUUACCGAAAGUAAUGUUAAGCAUUUUUAAAUGGUAUAUCUAGUUUUAUGCGAGAUGACCGUAGUUAGCUAUGGGGUUUACCAAUAACUAGUCUCGAGGGAUUAGAUACUUAUUGUUGUUCGAUCAGGGGCGUUCUCCGGAGAAUUUUGGACGACCUGCAGUAGAUAGCGUCAGCUAUGUGUAGUGAAAUUUCAGUCAGUGUCGAGUUUAGUUCCGCAUGACGCCACUGGUCGGACCGUUGUGGCGCCACUGGGGCGCGCAAGACGCGGCGGCGCCGGACCGCGUUUGAGUCCGCAGACUACGGAUUCUUUAUUUAUUCGAUGUACUCUCUCGUUCGUGCCGAUCUUCCCUUCCUCUCUCUCUAUCGUUCUUCACUCGGCCUACUGUAAGGCGAUCGGCUGUCCCUUUCUAUUUAUUGAGCUACAUUUAGGUAACGUGUUGCUCACUAUGUGCUUUUGUAUUUAUAUCGUAGUCUAAAUAUUAUAUUGGCCUAGCGUUGCCGAUCUACAGAGUCAAUUUAUGAGCUUUUUAAAGUUUAAAGGAAGAUAUUUUUAUAAAGAAAAAGAGUUUGUAAUGAUGCAGAAAUAAUAAUUGUGAUUAUGGAAAAAUAAAACAGAGUUUUAUUUGAGCAUUUCAGGGAUUUUAUUUCGUGUUGUGCUUAAUAUCUAGCGAGGCUAGACUUGAUGGUGCGUUUAUAUUAAAUUAUGUAAAAGAUCUCUUUUACACCGUACUAUAAGAAAAGUUUCGGCACAAAUGUUUUUAAAUUCUUUGCAUACAAUCUUGUCAUAAUAAACUGUGUGCCAUUUUCUACGUCUACUCUCAAGAUAACAAUAAUGUCAAAUAUUUAGUUAACCAUUAACUAACAGAUUACUUAAAGAAUAAUUAAUAUAUUGAUUGUAAGUUAGCUCAAUGUUAAUGUAACGUAUUACCGUUCCAUUGGUUUAGAUACUGGUAGUGUAACAUUACUGUAAGCGACUUGUGAUACGUCCAGUGAUGGCCGCGCUGCGGUACGUGAAUAUGUGACUCGUGUCUUAUACAGCAAUAUUUACAAUAAAUAUGUAUUAAAUUAUACUAGCUAAAUCAUAGCAAUACAAAAUUAUGGAAAUUUUAUAGCUACACUACUCAAAAUACAUUAUGACAUGAGUUACAAUUUCUUAAUGCUAAGACCACUGGAAUUAAAAAUAUAUUAAUUUUAAGGCAAUAAUUAGUUUAAGGGCACUUAAAAAUUAAUUAUAAUAUUCGUAACUUAGACCAAAUUAUUACUUUACUUGCUUUAUUGUAGAUUUAUUUAAAAUCUAAGCCAAAUAUUGAUUUUAUGUCGUUAUUAUAGGUUUUAGUUGUAGCCGUCAUUUACUUUGAAGUAUUAUUGAUUAGAAACGACAGAAAUCAAUGAAUAUUUAUUUAGUGUAUAUUUAAUAUUUAUCAACAUUGUAACCUAGUGCAAUAGUGCGCGGUACUUUGCAUAUGUUUAAAGAAACGACAUUUUAUACACGCAAACGAAUGUUUAUAACGCAUAAUAUGAACAUCUAGAUACAUAAGAGAGAUGUAAUUUUUUCUAGAAAGUUUUUUCAUAACGCAAUGUAGAGUACUUUUGUAUUUUUUCAUGGAGUUAAGCAAAGCAAUACCUAUAUUUGAUAAAACUAUUGGAAAUGAUCGUCGGAUAUAGUGAAAUAUAUAUGUAAAUCAGAAAAUAUAAAUUUGUUACAUACACCUGGA